GUCACAGACGAUCUUUGUGCGGUCGUUCGUCGAGUCUCGCAGCGGCUGAACGCGGAGAGGAGGCGGAGUACGACGCGGAGAAAAACACUGAAAAACCGCUGGAAUUUACGGCUUGUACCCGGAGUUUAGGCGAUGAAAUAACGUGGAAAAGGAGGGAAACUUACAGAGGAUAAAUCAAAGACAGAGGGAGAAAGGUCGCUGCUGGUGGUUGUGAUGUUGGUCUGAUCCGACUUCCUGACUACGUUUCCCAUGGAGCCGUGCGGCGACACGCACACCGUUCAGCCAUGGAGCCACCAGUCCGGGUUUUGGACCCAAAGAGCCAGUGAAACUCAAGAGGACCAGAUAUUGUGAUACCACCAUUCGACCCGACUGCUGCUUCUCCUCCGGCCGACCAUCUUCCUCCUCCUCCUCCUUCCUCCUUCUUCCUCCUCCUUCUUGCUCCUCCCCGACUCCUGCUGUGGAUUAAAGUUCUGUCUGGACCGGGCCGUCUCCUCUCAGACCGGGAGCUCCGAGGUCCAGUCCAGUUCUGGUGUGUGUUCGGUCCAGUUUGAGGAUGGCAGGUCUACGUCUCUGUUUGGCUGCGAUGGCCGCCGCCGUCCUCCUGAGCCUCAGAGCUGACGCUGCAGGUCAGAACCCAGACCACGUUCUACAGGGGACCGGGGUGAAGCCCGAGGCCCGGCGGCCUGGAGACGACUCCACCAUCGCCCCUGAAGACCUGCCCCGGUUCCUCAGCUGCUACUGCUCCGGACACUGUCCCGACGAGGCCACCAACAACACCUGCCAGACCAACGGUCAGUGCUUCGCCAUCAUAGAGGAGGAUGAACAGGGAGAAGUUCAGCUCACGUCCGGCUGCAUGAAGUACGAGGGCUCACAGUUCCAAUGCAAGGAUUCUCCUAAAGUUCAAACCAGGAGGACGAUCGAAUGCUGCGACACCAACUUCUGCAACAAAGACCUUCAGCCGACGCUCCCCCCCCCAGCCUCCAGCGAGGGGACGACCCACUGGUUUGCCUUCCUCGUGUCCAUGACCGUUUGCUGCUGCACUCUGAUCUGUGUGACCGUGGUUUGUUACUACAGAUAUAAGUGGCAGAGUGAGCGGCAGCGUUAUCGUAAAGACCUGGAGCAGGAGGUCUUCAUCCCGGCCGGGGAGACGCUGGGAGAACUGAUCCAUCAGUCCCAGAGCUCUGGCAGCGGCUCAGGACUCCCCCUGCUGGUUCAGCGAACCAUCGCCAAGCAGAUCCAGAUGGUGCGUCAGAUCGGGAAAGGCCGGUACGGGGAGGUCUGGCUGGGCCGCUGGAGGGGGGAGAAGGUGGCCGUCAAGGUCUUCUUCACCCGGGAGGAGGCCAGCUGGUUCAGGGAGACGGAGAUCUACCAGACUGUCCUGAUGAGACACGAGAACAUCCUGGGCUUCAUUGCGGCCGACAUUAAAGGAACCGGCGCCUUCACGCAGCUCUUCCUCAUCACCGACUUCCAUGAGAGCGGCUCGCUGUACGACUUCCUGAAGGUGACGACGCUGGACGCGGCGGCGCUGCUCCGCCUCGCCUACUCCACCGCCUGCGGCCUCUGCCACCUCCACACCGAGAUCUACGGCACGCAGGGCAAACCCGCCAUCGCACACCGCGACCUCAAGACCAAGAACAUCCUGAUCAAGAAGAACGGCACCUGCUGCAUCGCAGACCUCGGCCUCGCCGUCAAGUUCAACAGCGAUACCAACGAGGUGGACAUCCCCCUGAGCACGCGGGUGGGGACGAGGCGCUACAUGGCCCCCGAGGUCCUGGACGAGAGCCUCAACAAGAACCACUUCCAGGCCUACAUCAUGGCCGACAUGUACAGCUACGGCCUCGUCAUCUGGGAGAUGGCCCGACGCUGCGUCACCGGAGGUAUGGUGGAGGACUACCAGCUGCCCUACUACGACAUGGUUCCCUCUGAUCCCUCCUACGAGGACAUGCUGGAGGUGGUUUGUGUUAAAGGACUGAGGCCCACGGUGUCCAACCGCUGGAACAGCGACGAGUGCCUUCGGUCGAUGCUGAAGCUGAUGUCCGAGUGUUGGGCUCAUAACCCCGCCUCCCGUCUCACCAUCCUCAGAGUCAAGAAGACACUCGCCAAGAUGGUGGAGUCCCAGGACAUCAAGAUCUGACGGCCUUCGUCCUCGCCUCCUCCUCCUCCUCCUCCUCCUCCUCCUCCUGCUCCUGCUCCUCCUCCUGUGCUGUCGGGUUUGACGCUUUCUGUGAAAGCCAAACAGACGAUAAAGAUAAAUUUGCGGGGAGGCGAGGGGGCGGAGCUCUCGUUGUGAAUUCAUUUUUGUUCAAACGAUUCUGCCUGAUUCAAGAUGCCAAGUUUUUUUUUUUUUUUUUGUCUUUUUUCUUCAGGACUGAGUUCUCCUGCCAUAUUGAAAUAUAUCUACACUCUUAGAGUUAAUUAUUAUUGUUAUUAUAUAUAUAUAUACAUAUAUAUAUAUAUAUAUAUAAAAGGUACUAUAAUUAUAUGUGAAUUUUAACGUGUAAAUAAAUGUUAGCGUUAGAUGCCGCGCCGAAUCGUGAAAAGUUUAAAAAAUCCGAACACUACGCUGCAGUGGUGUCGACGGAGUCCGGAGGAAGACGUCUGCCGUCCUGUCCGUCUGUCUGUCCACUUCCUGGUUCCUGUCUGAUUGGACACUGUGCAGCGUUCGUCAAAAACUGUCAUUGGUGGAGUUAGACAUCAGUGGGCGGAGCUAAAAAAUAAAUGUAGCUUGAGAAAUAUCCACACAACUACGAAUUAGCUAGCUAGCUAACUUAUAUUACUAUUGAUUUGGUAGUUGUCAGGUAGGCAAACUGCUAACAGCUGUUUUUUUACACUCCUCCCACUGAGGUUUAACUCAACCAAUCAGAUUAUUUCGUCUGUCUGUCCAUUUCCUGGUUCCUGUCUGCCUCGCUGUCUGGAGACUGUACAACAAACUGUCAUUGGUGGAGUCAGAGAUCAGUGGGCGGAGCUAAGCUAAUUUAUAUCACCACUUCUUCAGUAAUUGUCAGCUAGGCUAUCUGCUAGCUACAAAAUAUGAAAAAAAUCAGCAAACAAUUUGAAUUAAUUGUUGUCUAAAAUUAAUGCCACUGUCUAAAUUAAUAUUUACGAACUUUACUUCGCUGAUGUGCUAUUUACAGAUUAGUUUGUUGUUUCGCUGAAGUAACAACGUUUCGCUACUUCAAUGUUCAUCUGAUGGAAACAUUUAUUGUUAAAACAAGAAUUAAUUAAUUCAUUUAAAUAAUUUGUCCUGACAUUCAACUUACCAGCAGUUGGCUAGGCUAACUGUAGCUAAGUGUUUCUAAAGUGUAGCUAAACUGUGGCUCCUUGGCUCCUCCCACUGGGAUCAAACACACCAAUCAGAUUCAUUCUCAUAUCUUUUAAAAAUCCAAUUCAGUUUAAAUCUUUAGUUAUUACGAAAAUAAGAAUUUGUUUACUGUAAGUUGGAAGCAAUCGAUACAUGUGUGGGCGGAGCUACAUUUAAGGGUGUGUCGGAUGUGCAGCCCCGCCCCUUCAUAUGUUGACAUCCAUUUUGCGGUGAUAAUAUGAAAACUGAUUAAGCAAAGACAAAAAAUAGAUCUGAGACGUUUACAUGCUGUCGAACUUUAACAUAAUCAUUAUUAUUUUUAUUUUUCUAAGACGACUUCUGGCUCCACCUUCUGGUCGUGAGAGGAAUUACACAAUUAGCAGGAUUAACAGUUUAAAUAGCAAUGCUAGCUGUUAGCUAGCGUUAGUUAUUUUCACUAAACUGCGAAAAAUGAUUAAAAUUAAUUUUAAUCUAAAUAAGAAUAAACCCAGAGAGCUCUACUGCCUGUAAACGUCUCAGACGUUUUUUCAUCGCUAGGAGGCACUUGAGGCAAUUUAGUGCCUCCUUAGCUGAGAAUAGACUUAGCUUAGCAUAGCAUCAACUGGUAUUACACUAAACUGAAGUUCUUCAGACGUUACAGGAAAUUAUUUUUGGUGCGUUCACUUCCUCAUUGAGAAUAUUUGGGAAACUGUACCUGGUUGUAAUUAGCCUAGCUUAGCACAAAGACUGUAAGCACAAACUGUAAACAUAGCUUUGAACACAGGCUGUGGCUGUUAGCUUAAUGGAAACAUAAAAACUCUUGUAAUAACUCCACUGUCAAACUUAGACACGAGAAAAAUGUGUUUAGCUGCUAGCCUGUAAGCUUAGCUUCAGCUAGUCUAUGACUAAGCUAACGGGUAACCCCUUUGCUUCCGGUCUUUAUGCUAAGCUGGGCUAAGUAUGUUGGUUAAACUAAAAUAUUUGGGAAACUGUACCUGGUUGUAAUUAGCCUAGCUUAGUUUCUAAACUGUUGGCUUAGCUUUUGCGAGGCUAAUGGCUUCCCUCUGCUUACAGUCUUUAAGCUAAGCUAGGCUAGGCAUGUUGGUUAAAUUAAAGUAUUUGGUAAACUGUAUAUGGUUGUAAUUAGCCUAGCUUAGCUGCUAGCCUGUUAGCUUAGCUUCAGCUAGGCUAACGGCUAACCCCUCUGCUUCCAGUCUUUAUGCUAAGCUAGGCUAAGCAUGGCGGUGAGCGGUGCCAACGUUCACCUGGUUGCCUUUAGCAGUAGCUUAGCAUUUUAUCUCUGAAAUGUUUUCUCUCGUUGUUGUUGUUUUGUACAGCGUCUGGUGCCUUUUUGAGUUUUACCAGGAGGAACUCUGUAACAGUCUGUCCAAGUAAAUGACUUUAUUUUA